AUGUGUUCCCAGAAAACCCUUUUAACAACAUUCAACAAAGGUGUAUCCUUUCCUUCAAAGCACCACCAACAUGAACUUGCUCGUAAAAUUACUCACAUCCUCAUCAAUUCAACUAACUCCAACUAUUUCAAACCCAAUAACACUCGACUCCACUCCAUGAUUUCCUGCAUCACUCCCCAGGUUACUUACCGUGUUCUUUCCGACCCUAUUCUCCAACCUCAUUCCUGUUUAGCCUUUUUCCACUUCCUUAAAACCCAUCAUUCAAGCGUUUCACUCAAACCUGAUCUUAAGGCGCAUUUGAUUCUCUUUUCCAGACUCUUAAAAGCUCGGAAAUUCGCAACCAUGAAGAGUAUUUUGAAUUCUGUAGUUACCGAUUCCGAAUUUCCUUGUCCCGUUUCGGCUAUUGUUGAUUUGGUUGAUGAAUUUGAGCCUCAUUUUGUUGAGAAGCUUUGUGAUAUGCUGUUUAGGGUUUGUUCGGAUAAUAGGUUGUUCCAAGAGGCAAUUAAGGUUUAUGAUUAUGUGGAGGAAAAGGGGUUGGUGAUAGAGGAGAGGUCUUGUUUUGUGCUUUUGCUUGCUUUGAAGAGAUGUGGUGAGGUUGACUUGUGUCUUAGAUUCUUCCGCCAGAUGGUUGAGUCUAAUGGAAUUGAAAUUAGGGUUCAGUCUUUGACACUUGUGAUUGAUGUGCUGUGUAGAAGAGGAGAGGUUGAGAAAGCCAAGGAGUUGAUGGAUGAGAUGGUGAGUAAAAGCAUUGUGAAACCGACUGUGUUUACUUACAAUACAUUGUUAAAUGCGUAUGUUGGAAGAAAGGAUCAAAAGGGAGUUGAUGAGAUACUGAGGUUGAUGGAGAAGGAACAGGUUGUUUUUAGUGUGGCUACUUAUAGUAUUUUGAUUCAGUGGUAUUCUAGUUCUGGUGAUAUUGGGGAAGCUGAGAAUAUAUUCGAGGAAAUGCGUGAAAGAAAUAUAGAAAUUGAUGUUUAUGUCUAUUCGGCGAUGAUAAGUUGGAAUUGUAGAUUAGGAAAUAUGAAUAGGGCCUUUGCGUUGUUUGAUGAGAUGACUCAGAGAGAUGUUGCUCCUAAUGCACAUACUUACGGUGCCUUGAUUGGUGGUGUGUGCAAGGCAGGUCAAAUGGAAGCUGCGGAAAUCUUGUUGGAAGAGAUGCAAAGUAAGGGAAUUGACCUAAAUAUAAUAAUAUUUAACACGAUGAUAGAUGGCUACUGCAAAAGAGGAAUGAUGGAUGAAGCUUUGAGGCUGCAAGCGAUCAUGGAAAGGAAAGGAUUCAAAGCAGAUGUGUUUACAUUCAACAUUCUUGCAAAUGGGCUCUGUAAAUUGCAUAGGUAUGACGAAGCCAAGUGUACUUUAAAUUCAAUGGUAGAGAAAGGAGUGGAACCAAAUGUUGUGACUUUCACUAUGUUUAUCGAGAUAUAUUGCAAGGAAGGAAACCUUGCUGAAGCUGAGAGGUUCUUUAGGGAUAUGGAGAAAAGGGGAGAAGUGCCUAAUAUUGUUACAUAUAACACUCUAAUUGAUGCGUAUUGCAAGAAAGAAAAAGUGAAGCAAGCACAUAAGACAAAAUCUGAAAUGAUAAACAAGGGGUUAUUGCCAGAUGUAUAUACAUACACAUCGCUAAUACACGGGGAAUGUAUUGUUGGCAGGGUAGAAGAGGCGCUUAAAAUUUUCAAUGAAAUGAGGAUAAAGGGGAUAACUGGAAAUGUUGCAACGUAUACAUCAAUUAUUUCAGGUUUAUCCAAGGAGGGGAGAGCAGAUGAAGCAUUUAAGUUGUAUGAUGAGAUGAUGAAAAUGGGCCUAAUACCUGAUGAUAGAGUUUUCGCCGCACUUGUUGGUAGUCUUCACAAACCUCUCAUUCAUGCUGGUCCAAAACAAAAUGAAUAUGAGGAUCUGAAGUAG